AGUGCUGGUUGGUGCAGAGUGAGGAACAAGGCUAGGUAGGAUGAGGUCAUUUCUCGGGAGACAUUGUGUCUUCAGGAUUGUGACUUCAGUAUCUGAAGUCCAUCAGAGUUUGAAUCCCAGCUCAGCCAUUUACUCACUUGGUCAGUUCCCUUAUCCAUUAAAAAGCCUACUUCAGAGGGCUGUUGAGAAGAAUGAAUAAUACUCCACAAGGCUCCACUUCCUAAUACCAUCACGUUGGAUUUCAACAUACUGAUUUCGAGGGGACACAAACAUUCAGACCAUACAGAAAGUCUCAUGGAUGAUGAUGCUUUGUUUUUCAUGUUUUUCCAGUAUUAGUGAUGUGAAGUUUGAUGGUAACUGCUAGUGCUUUGUGUUGAAAAACUACAGUUUGCAAAAAGAGAUAUUGACUUUAUUAUUAUUUUUUUGAUGUUUACUUAUUUUUGAGAGAGAGCCAGAGCAUGAGUCAGGGAGCGGCUGAGAGGGAGAUGGAGACACAGAAUCCAAAACAGGCUCUAGGCUCUGAGCUAUCAGCACAGAGCCCGACACGGGACUUGAACCCACAAGCUGUAAGAUCGUGACCUGAGCCGAAGUCAGACGUUUAACCGACUGAGCCACCCAGGCGCCCCAAAAUUGACUUUGAAAGCAAGUAACAGUGAACCUGGAAGAAUUGUCCAAAUUUUUACAUUGUAUUAGAAUUUUGUUGAACUGAAUAGUCUUUGAAAUGGCGUACAAAGUUAUAUAGCUUUCAUAUUUGCUGUAAUGGCAUUUAACCUAUAAUUAUAUCCUGAACUGUGGCUGGAUGUCUGUACCUACUGGUAUUUGAACUUUCAUAUCUCUAGCUAACCAGGGAGUGCUUUGGUGGAAGGAACUCUACACUUGAAAUAAAGAGGUGCUAGAUUGCUAGUUUUCUUCUGCCACAUACCACCUUUGUCACUGGCUGAGCUAUUUAACCUGUUUUUAGAGCUUCAUCUAUAAAAUAGUGAUGGUGAGGUGAGGAGAAGGCAUACCUGUGUCACGAGUCUGGCACACAGCUGCACCACCUGUGUGUGUCAUGUAAUCCGAUUCAGUGCUUAAGAGCGUGAGCUUCAGAAACAGACCAGGGUUCAAAUCCUGUUUUACUAACCAGAUGCAGUGGGUUACUUACUCGAAGUCUCCUCUUUCUCUUCGGUAAUACAGGUGUGAUUCUUCCAGGGUUGUGAUGAUGACACAUAAUAAUGGACAUAAAGAUAAUUGCUGUUUCUGCUCAUUACCAACAGAGUACUGUGAAUAUAUGCCUGAUGUCGCUAAAUGUCGACAGUGGUUAGAGAAGAAUUUUCCAAAUGAGUUUGCAAAACUUACUGUAGAAAAUUCGCCCAAACAAGAAUCUGGAAUUAGUGAGGGUCAAGGCACAGCAGGGGAAGAAGAAGAGAAGAAAAAGCAGAAGAGAGGUGGAAGGGGUCAAAUAAAGCAAAAAAAGAAGACUGUACCACAAAAGGUUACGAUAGCCAAAAUUCCCAGAGCAAAGAAGAAAUAUGUAACAAGAGUAUGUGGCCUUGCAACUUUUGAAAUUGAUCUAAAAGAAGCACAAAGAUUUUUUGCUCAAAAAUUCUCCUGUGGUGCCUCAGUGACAGGAGAGGAUGAAAUCAUCAUUCAGGGAGACUUUACAGAUGACAUAAUUGAUGUCAUUCAGGAAAAAUGGCCAGAGGUGGAUGAUGAUAGCAUCGAAGAUCUUGGAGAAGUAAAGAAGUGAUUUUGAAAAUUUGUCUCUAUUUAAUGAUUUGAACUGAGAGUUGAUAUGGCCAAAGGGAGAGAGGCCUUUUAAAAAUAUAUAUAUUUAUCCUACAGUAAAACUGUAGACUACCCUCACCCUUGGCAUUUUCACUGUUCUGUAUAAGGCUGCUUGUUUUUUUUAUUGCCAAAGUCUAAUAAACAGGGGAGACUGUCAUGCUUAUGCAUGAAAUAGAAUUUAGUCAAAUAAAAAUUUUUGGUCAUUUGGUA